GUCAGGUACCACAUCUCCAGGUACGAUUCGACAGCUGACAACAUGCAGCACUUCACAUUGGACGUUACCCGGAAAGUGCUGGUACCUCGCACUUCAUUGCCAAGAGCUGCCCCUCACUGCAUCACGGCAUGCUGCAUGCCAGGACGUAACGACGCCGGAGUGGCUGUCCGCUCCGCCGUUUUGUGGAUCUAUAAAACGCCUUCAUCGUCUUCAGGAAGACACCAUGCCUGAGCUGGCUGGUACUUCCGAUCUUGACCCAUACUGCUAGUUCAUCUACCUACCACGUGGCUUUGCACCGAACGUAUAAGUACCAGUCAUGCUGUCUUCCUUCUUGUUUCGUACCUCCCAUCUCCUCACCCUCCUACCAUACCUGUUAUCAGUGACCGCAGCAAUGGCAUCCACGACCAACACCACAACAAUCAAGCUCGAGCCCUUCACCCUCUCCUCCCCACCCGGCACAGACAUCUGGCGCAAAGCCCCCUCGCACAACGCAUUCAACGCACCAACCCACCCCUCCCCGCUCCCCACCCACAAACUCUCCUCCUUCCAGCGCGCACGCUUGACUUUCUCUCUCCCGCCCGGCACCCAGCUCCGCCAGUACGACCAAGCCGGCCUACUCCUGCACCUCACCAAACCCGGCAUCCCGGACGAAAAAACCAAGUGGCUGAAGACGGGCAUCGAGUGGUACUACUCCAAACCGUACAUAAGUACCGUCGGGUGCGAUGCCUGGGCUGACUGGAGCGUUGUCCCCAUCCCCUCCUACACAAGCAACUCCUCCAGGCCUUCAGCGACGAUCGAAGCCAGGCGCGAAAAGGACGUUUUGGGAAAAAGCCUUUGGGUCUACUGGAUUAUCAAAAGGGAGGAUGGGACAGAAGAGCGCAUUCCGCUUCGAGAAGUAAACUGGUUCUUCGCCGAAGAGGAGGGGUGGAGUGUGGGUGUUGGUGGCUAUGUGGCCAGGCCUACGAAAGACGGGGGUGAUGAGGAGCUGGGUGUUGAGUUUGCUGAGGGGGUGGAGGUAGAGGUGCUGGACUGUUGAGUUGCGGAUCUGGAACAGCCAAUCCACCGUGAUAAUCAUCGUGGCAAUGGAAUGUGCAGAUCAUAAUGAGGUUCUUAUUCCAUACCCGAGUUUACGUCGAAGAGAGCUGUAGCACUUUGCCAAUAAAAUCAUACCAUGUCAAAUGGUUCGUCAAC